CAUCAACGUAAGACUUCAGAGACUGAAGACGCGCCGGCAAAGCCCAACAUAUCUCUCAAAAGUUCCAAAUACUCACACUCUCUCUCUUUCUUUCUCACUCUCCUCUCAAACCCUCUAUUUAGGGUUUGUUUCGGCCAAAUUCCCGCCAAUAACCCCCGGCUUCAGAUUCAACAAUUCUCGAGAAAAUCCGAAUCUCUGAGAAAGUGGAAGAAAGAGCAUGGGAAAAGACGAGGAAGAAAUGAGGGGAGAGAUUGAGGAGAGGCUGAUAAACGAGGAGUACAAGAUAUGGAAAAAGAACACACCUUUCUUGUACGAUCUGGUUAUAACCCAUGCCCUAGAAUGGCCUUCGCUUACAGUCGAGUGGCUUCCGGACCGGGAAGAGCCUCCAGGGAAGGACUAUUCUGUGCAGAAGAUGAUUCUGGGGACCCAUACCUCCGAGAACGAGCCUAAUUAUCUUAUGCUUGCUCAGGUACAGCUACCAUUGGAGGACGCAGAGAACGAUGCUCGCCAUUAUGAUGAUGAUCGAGCUGAGGUUGGCGGUUUUGGUUGCGCCAAUGGCAAGGUGCAAAUAAUCCAGCAAAUAAAUCAUGAUGGAGAGGUUAAUCGAGCUCGUUAUAUGCCUCAGAAUCCAUUUAUUAUUGCGACAAAGACCGUCAAUGCUGAAGUUUUUGUGUUCGAUUAUAGCAAACACCCAUCUAAGCCUCCUUUAGAUGGUGCAUGCAGUCCUGACUUGAGGCUGAGGGGCCACAGCACUGAAGGAUAUGGUUUAUCAUGGAGUAAGUUCAAGCAGGGUCAUUUACUCAGUGGUUCUGAUGAUGCUCAGAUAUGCCUGUGGGAUAUUAACGCGACUCCCAAGAACAAAACCCUUGAGGCUAUGCAAAUAUUUAAGGUUCAUGAAGGUGUGGUAGAAGACGUAGCAUGGCAUUUGAGGCAUGAAUACUUAUUUGGUUCUGUUGGUGAUGAUCAAUACCUUCUUAUAUGGGAUCUCCGGACUCCAUCCGUUACCAAGCCUGUCCAAUCUGUAGUUGCUCAUCAAAGUGAAGUUAACUGUUUGGCAUUCAAUCCCUUCAAUGAAUGGGUUGUUGCAACUGGAUCCACUGACAAAACUGUUAAGCUGUUUGAUCUACGCAAAAUCAAUACUGCUCUCCACACCUUUGAUUGCCAUAAGGAGGAGGUUUUCCAAGUCGGUUGGAAUCCGAAAAAUGAAACUAUCUUAGCUUCUUGUUGCCUUGGCAGGCGACUCAUGGUGUGGGAUCUUAGCAGAAUCGAUGAAGAGCAGACACCAGAGGAUGCUGAAGAUGGUCCACCAGAGUUGCUUUUUAUUCAUGGUGGUCACACCAGUAAAAUAUCUGAUUUUUCGUGGAACCCAUGUGAAGAUUGGGUUGUUGCUAGUGUUGCUGAAGAUAACAUACUCCAAAUCUGGCAGAUGGCCGAGAACAUUUACCAUGACGAAGAUGAUUUACCCGAAGAGCCGGCAAAGCCUUAGUAUAAUUUCCAAUACUUAGCAAAAUAUAGUCAGCUAAAGCUAAUUAGAGAAGGGGGAAUGUAGGGCUUUAUUUAUGUACGUCUUUCUGUAACUUUCUGCUUUUCUCCCCUCUUCACCAUUGCAUGUGAGAUUUUGUGUUUUAUUUUGCUGAGUUAGAUCAGUGAUGUAUUGACCCAUGCUUAGUAAUUAUAUUCAGUACUUUGGCAUGGAAAGUAACUUUCCAAGGUAA